AUUUAUUCUAAUAAAGGAAUCAUAUUAAAGAUGUUCUAUAGAUUGGUUUCUAGAAGAAUCUCUUCCACACAUCAUGUUGGAAAAAGAUUCUUUACCACUAGUCAAACAGCACAGGCAGCUGUCCCAGCUGACACUAUGAGAGACAAUUCGGAGAUUGCAGAAGAUCAGAGAUACUUCGAGGUCAAUGACAAGACAGGAAUCAUAGUCACUUUGAAAGAUGAGAAAGGCGUCUUGAACAAAGCCUUGGGAGUCUUUGACAAAUAUGGUGUUUGUCUAUCGCAUAUCGAGUCUAAACCAUCCAAGUUCUACAAGAAAAGCAAGGCUUAUGACUUUUAUCUGGACUUUGAAGGAUCCUUUGAUGAUGAACCUGUGAGAAAUUUAAUUAGUGAUCUUUCGAAGAUGUCCAAGCACUUAACUAUUUGUGGCACCCCUGAAGUUCCAUGGUUCCCUACCAACUUCUAUGAUCUGGACAAGAUUGGAAAGGAAACUCUUAGUGAAGGAGACGGUAUCCAGGAAGCCGACCAUCCAGGAUUCAGAGACGAGGAGUAUAAGAAGAGGAGAAACUUUAUCACAGAGCUAGCACUCAAGUACCAAAUGUACGACAAGGAAGUCCCAAGAGUAGAAUAUACUGAUACUGAGGUGGGAGUUUGGCAGCAUUGCUACCCAAAGCUUAAGAAGCAUUACGUAGGAAGAGCCGUAAAAGAGUUCAACGAAAGUCUUGCUCAAAUGGAAAAAUAUUGUGGAUUCGCUGAAGACAAUAUUCCACAGCUAGAAGAUAUUUCACAGUAUCUGAUUAGCAAAACAGGCUGGAGAAUCAGACCUGUCGGAGGACUCUUAAGCCAGAGAGAGUUCUUAAAUGGGCUGGCAUUUAAAGUGUUCCACUCGACUCAAUAUAUCAGACAUCAUUCGGCUCCGGAGUAUACACCAGAGCCUGAUAUUAUUCACGAGCUGAUGGGGCAUGCACCAAUGUUUGCUAAUAAGCACUACGCCGAUCUUUCUCAAAUGAUCGGACUUGCAUCUCUAGGAUGUCCAGAUCAUUAUCUUCCAAGACUAGGAACUUUAUAUUGGUUCACUAUCGAAUUUGGUCUCUGUAUGGAGGAAGGCGAGAGAAAAGCAUACGGAGCAGGUAUCCUCUCUAGCUUUGGUGAGCUCGAUUGGUGAUUUUCACAAGAAGAAAAGGCCCCUAAAUUCUUCCCGCUCGACUGCGAAGAAAUUGCUGAGAACCAUGGAGACUUCCCAAUUAGUUCAGUCCAACCCUACUACUUUGUCUCAGAAUCAUGGGAAGAUGCAAGAAAGAAGAUUAGAGAUUAUUGCGAUGCAAUCCCAAGACCAUUUAAUGUCUUCUACAAUGAAAAGACCCAGAAUAUCGAAGUGGAUAGAAAAAUCAAAGGAGUUUACAAAACCUGUAAAGACAAUGAGCUGUUGUUUUAA